AUACGUGACCCAUAGCUCUUGAAUUUCCUGGGAAAUCUAGUUUUUCCUUCCCCACGACAGCGUUGUCUUCUUCACUGCAUUUUGUGUCCAGGCUGGCUUUUUUUCCCACACUGCAGAGGAGGAAAGGUCCCGCCUUUGAUUGAAAUGGAAUCUUCCACUAUGGAGCGGGCCUUUGUUGAAUGAGUCACCGGGGCGGCCGCUCAUUGGCGGAGGCCUCGGAGCCGGGGACUGCCUGGCGCGGCUGGCGGCCGCUUCAUUCACAGAAACCGGGCUCCUCGCUGGCCUUUCAUUCACGCAGACACCAACUCAUUCACAGUUUGCUGUUUUUGUCUACUUCUCAUGGAGAUCACGGUUCAGGAAUGACAGGGCGUUUUUGCUCCAGAUUUGGGGGGCUUUGCUAACCGUCACCCUCCUCCGUGGGGUGUGCCUUGCUGUUGCUAUGCAAGCAGCCGGCUGGGGAAGGAGAGUGCUUGGCGGCUGGGCUAGGCCUGCGCCCUGGGAGGGGCCGCUGCGCCCCUGCGCCCCUGCGCCCAGCUGGGCCCUCACCUGGCGCUCCAGGCCUGGCACUCAUGACGCCCUUUUGCAUGAGCUCUGCUAGGCUCUGUGCCUCGUGUGUCACAUGUCUAGGCGUGGGUGUGAGAAGACGCAGGGUGACCUGAAAACGUGCUAGAGGUAAAUUCAUUUGCUUGCACAGAGUUGCCUGGAAACUUGGACAAGGAGCUGUUCACGCUUGGGGCAGGUUGUCUCCAUGCAUGAGGAAGGCCACAGAGCCCACGGGACAGGGGUCGGUGGGCUUGGGUCUCCGCAGACCUUGUGGGGGCUGCUGGUACCCUGUUCUCUCAGCCGAGGAAGGAGGCCUGUGGGUGUCACUUGCAGCCCGAGUCUGAAGCCUCAACAGAGGCUUUUCCCUGCGGAUUUGCUGUGUGACGGUGCAGCUGCAUGUUUUCCUCCCUUACUGCAGGGUUGCAAGUGGCAACGGAAGGGACACUGAACGGUGUUUGCCGCGUUUCUUAGGCAUGUUUCCAGAGCGUGGGCACAUUCAGCUGGGAUAAAGCUCCCAGCACAGCCCCCUUUUUGGAAUGGGUUCCUGGAGCCUGUUGCCUUUCAUAAAAGAAGCGCUCUUUCUUCUCUUUGGGAAGUAGGUGUUCAGCUUAACCCUGGCUGAGAAAGACUGCUGCGAAUUAGCAGGGAAGACACCCUCACUGGCUCUGAGCAGAAGUUCCUAUGCAGUUUUUUUUUUUUUUUUUUUUUUUUUGAGAAACUGCAUUGCCACAAAGACACUUGUCAUGGCUGCUCCGUUGAUUUGAACAGAAAAAAGAAAAACCCAGGAAACUGGUAUUUUAUGUUCACCUGAGAGUGGAUAUUUCCUUUUUUAAAAAAUGUUUCAGUUAUUUACCAACUCCUGCUGCUUUCCAAAUCAGAAUCCAUGAGGAUCCGCUGAAGAUCUUAUUCUUAAAAAGCCUUCGUCACAUUUUAACGAUCGCUGUCAGACACUUCCACCGCUCACACAGACGGGCUGACGGGGACAGAAAGCCCUAGAAAGCUCUAGCAUAGAAUAGCGGGUUCCAUGAAGUUCACCUGAUCAUCAGGAGGGACUGGACUGACCUCUGGCACAAAUGCUGAAGUAGGGGGAUGGGGAGGCGAAAAACCAGAGGUUGGAAGAGAAUAUCUGGGAAGGUAGAAAAGGAAAUUUGAGAAUUGAUUGGUUCAAGUGUGCUGUCAGUGGGUGUAUGUGGCUUUUUCUUCUUUUUUUUUGCUACAGGAAGUGAUUUGCUGUGCUCACCGAGCCUUUGUUGAGAAGGGUCCCCUCUCAGAGUGAGUCAUGCUUUUGCUGUGAGCAGCCCUGAGCAGCUGGGCGCUCAGCAGCGGAAACUAUGACUUUUGCUCGGCGAGCGCGCCACCCUCCUCAGCCAAGCCUAGGGCCGUGGCUGCGCGGCCCAGCGCGCUGCUAGCGGGGAGGCCGUCCGGCGCCGUCCGCCCCGGCCGCGGCUCGCCUGCGAUGCGCGGCUGCCCGCGCGGGGGCCGGCACCUGCAGCGCCCGGGCGGAUGCGGCGAGCCCACGGAGGGGCAUGCUUCCACGCACCAAGUACAACCGCUUCAGGAAUGACUCGGUGACAUCGGUCGAUGACCUUCUGCACAACCUGUCGGUGAGCGGCGGCGGCAAGGUCUCCGCGGCGCGCGCGGGCCCGGAGGCGGCCCCCUACCUGGUGUCCGGAGACGCGCUCCGCAGGGCGCCCGAUGAUGGGCCGGGCAGCCUGGGCCACCUGCUCCACAAGGUGUCCCACCUGAAACUCUCCAGCUCGGGCCUCCGCGGCCUGUCCGCUGUCAGGGAGCGGGCGGGCUCGCGGCUCUCGGGCAGCUGCAGCGCGCCCAGCCUGGCCGCCCCGGACGGCAGCGCGGCCCCCGGCCCCCGCGCCCCGGCCAUGCGCGCCGCCAGGAAGGGCCGGCAGGGCGACGAGCUGCCGCCGCACACCCCGCACGCCAGCGACCAGGUGUUGGGGGCCGGAGUCACCUACGUUGUCAAGUACUUGGGAUGCAUUGAAGUUCUACGCUCAAUGAGGUCUCUUGAUUUCAGUACAAGAACACAGAUUACCAGGGAAGCCAUCAGCCGUGUUUGCGAAGCCGUGCCUGGAGCCAAGGGAGCCUUCAGGAAGAGAAAGCCUCCGAGCAAAAUGCUGUCCAGCAUCUUGGGUAAGAGCAACCUGCAGUUUGCAGGGACCAACAUCUCCCUGACCAUAUCCACUGCCAGCUUGAACCUGCGGACGCCCGACUCAAAACAGAUUAUAGCGAACCAUCACAUGCAGUCCAUCUCCUUUGCCUCUGGAGGAGACCCGGACACAACAGACUAUGUUGCCUAUGUAGCUAAGGACCCUGUUAAUCGCAGAGCUUGUCACAUUCUGGAAUGCUGUGACGGGCUGGCACAGGACGUCAUUGGCUCCAUUGGACAAGCCUUUGAGCUCCGGUUUAAGCAGUACUUGCAGUGUCCUUCCAAGAUUCCUGCUUUCCAUGACCGAAUGCAGAGCCUGGAUGAGCCAUGGACUGAAGAGGAGGAGGACGGACCCGACCACCCAUACUAUAACAGCAUUCCAGGCAAGACACCUCCUCCAGGGGGGUUUGUGGAUGCACGGCUGAAAGCCAGACCCCACACCCCUGACUCAGCCCAGUUUGCAGGAAAAGAGCAAACUUAUUACCAGGGGAGACACUUAGGAGAUGCAUUUGGCGAAGACUGGCAGCAAACACCUGUCAGACAAGGGUCCUUGGAUGUCUACAGCGUGCCAGAGGGCAAAGUCCAUGUGGCCCCUACGAGAGAAGCCCCCACCUACAUCAACACCCACCAUAUCGCCCUGCAGGCCGCCCCGGCCACGGGCAGCAGCACAGAGAGCAGCCCACGGAAAGACCUCUUUGACAUGAAACCUUUUGAAGAUGCUCUCAAGAACCAGUCCUUGGGGCCUGUGUUGAGCAAGGCUGCCUCCGUGGAGUGCAUCAGCCCGGUCUCCCCCAGAGCCCCGGAUGCCAAGACGCUGGAGGGGCUGAAAGGCGAGCCUUGGUAUCAAGGGGAGAUGAGCAGGAAGGAGGCUGAGGGUCUGCUGAAGAGAGAUGGAGACUUCCUGGUCAGGAAGAGCACCACCAACCCGGGUUCCUUCGUCCUCACGGGCAUGCACAACGGCCAGGCCAAGCACCUGCUGCUUGUGGACCCAGAAGGCAUGAUCCGAACAAGAGACAGGGUGUUCGAUAGCGUCAGCCACCUCAUCAACCACCACCUGGAGAAGAGCCUGCCCAUCGUCUCCGCCGGGAGUGAGCUCUGCCUCCAGCAGCCGGUGGAGAGGAACCCGUGACCCGCCAGCACCCUGUCCUGACGCUGCACCUGUGGUCAGGAGGCCCCUGUCCUUCUCGGUAGCUGGGUGUGGGGCUGCGGGACCUUGGGGCUGCCCUCAGGCUCAGAGCCUUGUUCACAAGCCCCAGGAGGAAGGUUCCAGAAAAGGCAAGGUUCACAACUUGUUCCGACUUUUCCUGUGCAUAUUGGAGGUGUACAUACCUGUACAUCCUGUACAAAGUAUCCCUCUAUAUUUAUAUUUUUGAAGACUAAGAAAGAUGUAAGACUAAUGUUCUGUGCUGUAUGUUU